UUUUGUCGAGAAAAAAAAAAGCAAUCGUGUUCCGUGUGAUCGAUCCCCUUCUCCUUCCUCUGGAACCCUAACUUAAAGGCCGCCGUACUUCAUCUCAUACAGAUCCACCCCUAUCCCCCAGCCCCGCCGCCUCAUGGAAAGCGUCGACGCGUCCACCGGGGCCUCCUCCUCCCACCGCCCCAACUCCAACUGGGCGAUGAUCGACACGUCCACCGGCGUCGACUCCUCCCACCGCCAGGCGAUGCUCGACGCGCCCACCGGGGUCUCCUCCUCCCACCGCCCCAACAUCGACGCGUCCACUGGCGUCUCCUCCUCCCACCGUCCCAACUGGGUUAUGCUCGACUCCCACGUUCGUCUGAAUUACGGUACUACCGCUCAUCUUGAUGACUGCGAAGACACGUAUGCCGAAAGUAAGAACUCCAUUGGCGAGCCCGUUGGCAUCUGGUUCCGCACUGUGUCCCCCCCAGGGACCUCCCGCCUCUACCUCUUAUGGAUGAAGCGCGAGCGCUACAACCAGCACUGUAACAGCGAGUCAUCGGGAGUGAUAAGCAGACGCCUGUCUUGGUCGUACGGGGUGGAACCCCGAGUGGUGUCUGCCCACGGUAACUCCAUCCUUCUGCAGCUCACCCCAAACGUGGGCCUGGGCGCCCGCACUCCAGACUUCUUCGUUUACACUAUCCGCUUCCAUGGGAAGCCGUUCCUCUUCCGUCUUCCUGCUUGCCUGAAAGAAAUGGCAAGCGACCGCCUCUCGCAUGGUGGGUUACGACACAUGCUCACGAUUGCUCACAUUGGCCUCCUUUCCUUUGGUGAACAGUAUGUGGUUGCGGACCUCCGGGUGUUACCAGUCGAAGAAGGUCAUGACGCUGUUACCCCAUUGGAGGCUCAGUUUUGCAUUUUUCGUUCUGACAGCCCAGGUGGCUGGCCAGUGAUCAGGCAUGAGAAGGAUCAAGACAGGGACCUGCUGUGGUGGUCAACGGACACCGUGGUGCCUUGCGACAAUUUUCUAUGUUAUGUUGAUUACCUUCGUGGUAUCUUACUUGGGACUGUCCUCAACGAGGACCCUCAUCUGCUUUACAUCCAUCUACCCGUGAAGGUUCCCAUUGGUGACCCCACAGACCCUGAAUUGGGCACUAGAGGGUGUCCUCAUCUUUUACGAAGUGUGUGUGUCACCCAAGGAAACGUGUUGAUGUUUGUCGAUAUUGUUUGCACCACAGUCUUCGUUGCAGGCAACCCGGAACCCGAUUCUUCUAGAUUUUCCGUUAGAGUGUGGAAGCUGGGGGCAGAUUAUAUGAUAUGGGAAAAGAUGUUUGAGUUGCAAGAUUAUGAGCUCUGGUCUCUUCAUGGAUAUGCGAUCUUCCACAUGUCGUGCCAGAAUUCCCUCUCGUGAGUAUGGAGGAUCCCUGUCUGCUGUACAUUGUGUUGAGAGAUGAUGGUGAUGCCAACUGUGUCGAUGCCGAUACAUGGAUUGUUUCAAUUGACUUGUCCAAUAAAACUGUGCAAUCAUCCUCUACAUCUACGCAGUCAUCCUCUACAUCUACUGAAGUAGACGGAAUUUCCAACUACUGUGAUGAUGGUGACAUGGCGUCCAGAAACAUUACUGCUGCUGAUGCAUUCAUUCCAUGUGAGUUUCCCAAGUGCAUCAAAAAGGUGGAUCAAACAAGGUAAACAUCAGAAAAUUAAGUUUUAUUCACCAACCAAUAGAACUGGAUGUCUGAACUGAUGGUGAAGGUUGGGCAAUCCACUAUACUUUGACAUGACAACACCCCUCUCAUGUGGCUUUCAUGUGUAAACGUGGGCAGAAAGGGGACAAACAAAAUUUUAGAAGAAGAAGAAUGGUUGGUGAUCCUGGUUGUAUUUUUGGAUGGACGGAACCAACCGAAGUAUUGUGCUUGGAAUACCAUGGACACACUAGUUAAAGUUGUCCAUUUAGUAAUAGUCCAUUCAGGAUGUUGCUAUAAUGACUUUUCUGUUGAACAUCUAGCCGUAUUGGUUGAUAUCCUCGUUAAUUUAUCUCUCUGCGACCGGGGAAGUGAUAUCUACUCCCUCCGUUCGGAAUUACUUGUCGCGGCCGAGCUAUCUGCAGGCCGGAAUCAGCUCCGUCAGUGCUCGUCGCGAUCCAUGCCAAGCAGGUAUCCAGCUACUGUAUUUUGUAGAAGAGGCUGCUCCAUGAUGCCCGUAUUUGCUAGCGAUUAAAAAGUGCGGGCUGAAGUAUACUAGCAGGCGCAAGAGUGCUGCCCAGUUGCAUCUCUUGUCACGCGCAUCAUGCCAAAGACACAUGUACACCGCACGGCAUUGAGUCCGUCAACAUAUGCCAGGUACUCCCUUCAUACAAAAAGCUUGUCCCUUAAAUAGAUGUAUCUAGCACCCAGUUAGUGCUAAAUACAUUCAUUUGAGCGACAAACUUGGGACAAGGUUUUUCGGACAGAAGGAGUAACAAUCAGACACCCCUCAUGUGAUACAUAUUUAAGUACAUGUUGGCCAACCUUGCACAGAUACUACAACUCGUUCAAUCUAUGAUCAUUUUUCACACAGUAUGAACAGCACUGCCCUAGUGAAAAAAAUGCAUUCGGAUAUUUUGUCUUUUUACUAGCGGUUUAUUAUAGACACCCCCCACACACGCACACGCGCGCGAAUAAUUCCAUUACCAAUUGAACCAUACAUCCUAAUUUGGUUCUUUGAUGCCAUACCAUAAUCACACCUCACAUCGACCUCUUGGCACUCCACUAACUAGAAUUUUGCAGAUGUGAAAAUUCCAAGAAAUUCCCAUAUGUUAUACUCGCAAGGGCACAAGAUAAAUCACACACACGGAAUCAUAUUUUAUUGUCAGUCCUCUAGCAAAGACUGAAAACUGAUCAACUAUCCAUGCUCUUCAAUUUUUCAGCCAAUCAAAAAUAAUACCCCAUUGUCCUAAUCAUUUAAAUUAAGAUGCACCCUACCAUUUUUUAUGGUGGCAGUUUUAUCAGAUGAAGAUGGAAAAAUAAUUAUUCUAUU